AUGACGGAAGAAAAGGUUUAUAAUUUGGACGUUUCCAAAAAAUUAGGAAAUGUUCGAGUUUUUGCCAAAGGACUCACCAAAAUAAAGUAUUCCACAAUAUCAAAAGAUAUUGAAAAACUCAAAGAUUCUAAAAAUUUGGGAGAACUACUAACUCAACUCCAACAAGCCCAUCAGUCACUUGAUAGACUUGGUGUUUUUAAGGGUUUGACUACAAAUGUGGUCCGUGGUGACCAAGAAGGUGACGUCGAUGUUGUAUUUACAUUCGAAGAGAAACCUGCCUUUUAUACUGUUGGAGCUAAUGUUAACUCAAAAACUAAAGCUGGAAUUGAGCUUAAAGGUGAGAUUCCAGGUGUUUUUGGCUCAUCAAAUACUCUAACAUUAAGUGCAAAUACUGCAGGAACUGGAAAUAAUGAACUUACAGGAAGUUAUUUUAUCCCAAGAUUGCCGUUAUUGGAUAAAUUUACUGGUUUAUUUUCAGUAUUUACAUCGUACAACGAUUUAAAAAAGUACUGCUCGUAUACUAAUAGGAUUAAAGGAUUCAAGUUCAUUUUAUCAAGCUUAAGCCAAAAACAUAAUUUCACUUGGGAGUCCUGUAUCAGGGACAUUUACCCAGUUUAUAACAAUAAAAUGAAGUCAUCUGAAAUGGUAUUGAGAAACAGUGGCUGUUCUCUCAAAAACUCACUAUCAUACGUUUAUAAACAUGAUAAUACAACUGGUGAUGGAGUGCCGACACAAGGACAUUUAACUCAAAUUAAAAUUGAGACUGGAUUGCCAGGUGGAGAUUGUCUAUUCUUCAAGCUUAAUUAUAAUUUAUCAUUCUCCAAACUAUUAUUUCAACAAUUGAUAAUGAAUAUUAAUGUUGGAUUUGGAUAUUUGUAUAAUUUUGGAAAUUAUAACAAGUAUAAUAAUCUGUUGGAAAAGUUUAACUUUUCCGGUCCUUCAGGAUCACAUUUAGCAUUUCGUGGCUUCUCUUUUCAAGGUUUAGGACCAUACGAUCAUGGGUUUAUUAAAACUGGUUCAAGUGAGAAUGGAGAAUGGGCUAAUAAAGUGGACCAUUUAGGUGGUGAUUAUUACACGAAUAUGCAAUUGUCAUUAUAUUAUCCUUUUAAGUUUUUAAACUUACCAAAGUUCGUUCAUUCUUUUUAUUUAUAUUUAGACCAAUGGUAUUCAGUUUCAUUAAUAUCGGAUCACUAUCAAAUAAUAAUAAACUCUGUAAGUUAA